UGUCAUCAGUAUUGUAUAGCAGCCAUACAGUACUAGCAAGAUGCCAACCUGGUUUUGUGCGGGCAUGACGGAGGAAUUCCACUUGGACGGAUUGUUGAUGGAAUUGACCAAAAAUGUGACUGAGUUGGACAACUCCAGUUGGCUUUGGAAUAUACAAUAGGUGGAUCCAUGGUUCUUUCGCCAUGCACCAUGAUACCAGUAGCAUCCCGCAGCCGCGUUGACCAACCUCCAACCUUCUACAGUGUAGUAGGGCGAGGCAAGGAAACCUUCGAUUUGCAGCUUCGCCAGCUUCUAGAAGAUCUUUCGCGCCUCUUGCGCUGAGCUCUCAGCAUUGGUUUUGCUCUCAUGGUGGACAGCAAAGUGAAGAACGAAGCACGAAGCCACAAUAUAACUGAACAAGGCACAACAACUGCUGCCGCUAAUUCCGCUGUUGAUUGAGUAACGCGCUUUUCAGCCUCCGGUUGCCGCUCUUCAGGGACUACGAGUACGCCAUUGUUACCCUUGUGGAUUGUCUGAUGUUGUGCGACUGCGAAUCGAAUCGAUUGAGCGCCAAGAGCCAUCUUUGUUGCUACCGCAUUGUCAGUGCCUUCGCCAUCCUUUCUCACACACUUUUACACAUUUGCGUCCACAGUAGCUCUACAAAAUGGAAAGCGAACAAAACACUACUCACUCCCCAAAUGCUGUACGCCAGAAAAUUGGGGCUUUUCUGGAGGGCAGCAUUCCUGCCGCAGGAUCCACCGGAAAUGUGUUGUUGGCGAAUCCAAUGACUUGUUGUUCAGCCGCUGUUGCCCCGAUUCCAACGACGAGUCAGCCUGUUGCUGGAUCUGUCACGGCUGACUAUGUUGGAAGCAAUGCUGCUGCAAGGGCUGAUGGCAACAAUCAUCAUGCACAUGCAAGCAUCCGGAACAAUCCAGCUGUGUUUGGCCAGAGCAUUCCAAUGACAACUCCUGAUGUUGUUAGUGGAAUGUAUGGUACAGGAAAUGGAGGAGAAAUGGUGCCAUGGACAAGCCGAAAUUAUGCUGACAUUCCUCCUUGUUUUCUGACCAAUGGAUCAGUUCCACACCCAAGCUACCAUCCCAAUUCUGGAGGAUUGCUUCCCUCUGACAUGAUUUCUCAGCAGACGAAUCGGCCCAGCCAACAGCAAUACGGGCGAGCACUGUCUGGUAUUCGUUUCUAUCCAAAUUGGAGCCACUAUGAGUAUGGCUCUCCUUUUGGGUCCUCGGCCAGUGCGUUUUCAGCAACCACAAGUACAGCUCCUCCACCGGUUCGACCCAACCUGGCAGCACCGAGUGCCUCGAUUUCCAGCCAGCCCAGCCGAUAUCAGCAUGAGCAAUCAUUGUCUAGUUCUGGAUUCUAUCCUGGUUGGAGCAAGUUUGACUACGGGUAUAGCUCUCCUCCUGGAUUCACUUCAGCGCCUGCUUAUCCAAACUAUCCUGAUUGGAGUCAGUUUGACUACGGGUAUGGCUCUCCUCCUGGAUUCACUUCAGCGGAUUGGAGUCAGUAUGACUACGGGUAUGGCUCUCCUCCUGGAUUCACUUCAGCACCUGCUUAUCCAAACAUACACGCCAUGGCUGAACCUAUCGAGCCUCCUACCAAAGUGUCCAAGCCCUCCUUGAAGGCAACUGAUGUGAAGCAAGCCGCAGCUUUGGGGCUCCGUCCGAGCAUCGUGAGCCCCGUCCAUGCUGUGAUGGACAAUGUGAAGCAAGCCGCAGCUUUGGGGCUUCGUCCGAGCAUCGUGAGCCCCGUCCAUGCUGUGAUGGACAAUGUGAAGCAAGCCGCAGCUUUGGGGCUUCGUCCGAGCAUCGUGAGCCCCGUCCGUGCUGUGAUGGACAGUGCCAAUCUUGUUGGCAAGAUUGUUUCCUUUGCCAUUUCUCCCGUCGCUCCCUGCGGUUUCUUUCGUCGUCAUAUCGAACCUCUUUGCUCGCAGACGAAGGACAUGCUUCAGAGCCUUCAAUCUUGCCUCUUGGUAUCCAAGAUCUGGAACCAAGCAGCCUGGGAAGCCAUUUCUCCUGGCAUUGACGGAGUUAUAACUUCUGUGGAUCUUGUCACUCUCAAGAAACAGAUUGCUCGCCUCAACCUCUCCACUCUCUUGAGCAACUUUCGCCGGGAUUUUCUACGUUUCAUCGAUGCUGUCCCCCUGGACUUUGCCGACAAAUGGAAAAUUUUAGCGUUCGGCUUAUUCAGCAUACACCGAGAGGCAAAGCUGACGCUCCGAGCUUACAAGCAUUUUCUGCUUGUCAAGGCAGUUGAAUGGCAUGCUGCUCGCUCCUUCAGCGAUACCGAAACUGUCCAGUUUUGGAAACAAGAGUGUAAACCAUGUCCUCAACUUGCCAUCUUUUGGAAGGCACACAUGUCCAAGCCCCGCAAAUACUCUCGGGAAAACAAGCUCUUGGUGGGAGACAAGGCAAUCUCUGCGAUGGGGCCAAACUUCAAGGUUUUGGACAUUGAUUCCAGUGAUGACUACGGCAAAAAGGUUGCAACUGUGGCCGGAGUCGAAAGUCCGCUUGGGGUCCCCGCCAUGUACUUUCCGGGUGAAAUUUCACAUCAAUUGGAAUUGCUCUUGGAAGAGUGGCGCUGGCUUGGUCGACCUUGA